GCCGCCGCCGCCCCGCCCCAUGCCGGCUCCAGGAGGGCCCCGCGCCGGCGGAGGGUCAACCUGGACUCCCUGGGCGAGAGCGUCAGCCGCCUCACCGCCCCCACGCCUCAGACCAUAAGGCAGACUCUCCAGAGGACGCUGCAGCAUUACGAGCAUCAGGCGAUUGGUUACAGGGAUGCAGAAAAGAACUUCCACAAUAUUUCUAACCGAUGCUCCUAUGCAGACAACUCUGGCAAUGAUGAAACGGAAGAUGUCUCAGGAAUUCUCCAGUGUACAGCAAAUAUACUCGGCUUGAAGUUUGAAGAACUGCAAGAGAAAUUUGGGGUGGAAUUCUUCAACAUCUGCUUUGAUGAGAAUGAACGAGUCCUCCGAGCGGUGGGUGGCACCUUACAAGAUUUCUUUAAUGGCUUCGAUGCCUUGCAGGAACACAUCAGGACUUCCGUUGGAAGGCAGGCCACUUCAGAAUCCCCUUCUUUCCUAUGCAAAGAGCUCCCUGAAGGUAACCUUAUGCUCCACUACUUCCACCCACAUCAGAUAGUUGGUUUUGCCAUGAUGGGUAUGGUCAAGGCAGCAGCAAGGAAGAUCUACCAACUGGAGGUUGAUGUGGAACAGAUUGCAAAUGAUGAGCCAUGUUCCGAGGACUCCAACCCAGGCAACUGCAGCUGCCUCAUUUUUAUUAUCAAAGAACGUGAGAAUGCAAAUAUCACAAAAGCGCUUCCUCUGGGGACUUCCCAUUCCCCUGCAGACUUGAGGAUAAGCAUCAGUACGUUCUGCAGAGCUUUCCCCUUUCAUCUGAUGUUUGAUCCCAGCAUGCUGGUGCUGCAGCUGGGAGAAGGUCUUAGGAAGCAACUCAAGUGUGACACUCACAAGGCAUUGAAGUUCCAGGACUGCUUCGAAAUUGUUUCUCCAAAGAUUGGUUCCACAUUUGAACGAGUACUUCUGAGACUGUCUACACCCUUUGUGAUUCGGACCAAGCUUGAAAUGUCUGCCUUUGAAAAUAAAGAUAAGGUGAUGGAAAUCAAAGGACAGAUGAUCCAUGUCCCAGAAUCCAACUCCAUUUUGUUUUUGGGUUCCCCUUGUGUGGACAAGCUGGAUGAACUGAUGGGCCGAGGACUCCACCUUUCUGACAUACCGAUCCACGAUGCUACCCGUGACGUCAUCCUCGUUGGGGAGCAGGCAAAGGCUCAGGAUGGCUUGAAAAAGCGAAUGGACAAACUGAAGGCUACGUUGGAACGAACACACCAGGCUCUGGAAGAGGAGAAGAAGAAAACGGUGGACCUCCUCAUUUCCAUCUUCCCAGAAGAAGUGGCUCAGCAACUGUGGCAAGGGCAACAAGUUCAAGCCAGAAAGUUUGACGAUGUGACCAUGCUCUUCUCGGACAUUGUUGGCUUCACAGCGGUCUGCGCUCAAUGCACCCCCAUGCAGGUGAUCAGCAUGCUCAAUGAGCUCUACACACGAUUUGACCACCAGUGUGGAUUCCUCGAUAUCUAUAAGGUGGAAACAAUAGGCGAUGCGUACUGUGUGGCAGCCGGGCUCCACCGGCAGAACCUAAAUCAUGCAAAGCCCAUUGCCCUGAUGGCCCUGAAGAUGAUGGAGCUGUCAGAAGAGGUGCUCACACCCGAUGGAAGACCUAUUAAGAUGAGGAUAGGGAUUCACUCAGGAUCUGUUCUGGCAGGAGUUGUUGGGGUAAGAAUGCCAAGAUAUUGUCUUUUUGGUAACAACGUCACUCUAGCAAGCAAGUUUGAGUCAGGAAGCCAUCCACGCCGCAUCAAUGUCAGCCCAACAACUUACCAACUUCUGAAAAAGGAAGAAAAUUUUGUCUUCAUUCCUCGAUCCCGUGAAGAGCUUCCAGACAACUUUCCAAAGGAAAUCCCUGGGAUUUGUUAUUUCCUGGAGGUCAGAACUGGUCAGAAGCAGCCAAAGACCUCCGUCACAUCUGCCAGAGUGAGAAAGAUUUCCUACAACAUUGGCACCAUGUUCCUCCGAGAAACAAGCCUAUGA